CACUCCGUCAUCGCAGCGCUUGGCUCGCCACGAGCGAAGUCGGACCUCUGAUCGCUCGCAGCCUCGCUCGACUGGCCAGAUCCGUGUCGCCAGCCGCGUCUGCGCACCGAGCACUCUCCGAGCCUGCCGCCCGUCUGGCCCUUUCGAGGCUCUCCUCGCCAGGGCCUCGCGGCACCCUUCCGGAUCUCCGAGGUCGAUAUCCUCUCGAUCGCCUUGCGCGCGUCUGCCGUCGCCGCUGCGUGACUGGCGGCGACUCAUCCUCACUCCGCGUCGCCGCGUCGUAGCGGGCUCGACCUCCUGCUACACGCCGAGUGCGCGUCCAGCAGGGCGGCAUGCAGCCGCAGCCGGGGUACGACGCCUCGGGCGCGUUUGGCGGCGCAUCGCAGCAGCAUGGCCACCACAACGCACCCGGCAUGCAGCAUGGGCUGCCACACGGCAUGCAGCAGAUGCCGCUCGACAUGCAGCAGCAGCAGGAGCAGCAGCGCAGCAUGAUGCAGGCGCAGCACGCCUCGCAGCAGCAACCAUCGGGCAUGCAGCAGCAGCAGACGUCCGCGAUGCACCUGCAGCAGCAGCGCCAGCAUCAGCAGCAACAGCAGGCGCAGCAGCAGCACCAGCAGCAACAGCAUGCGCAGAUGGCCCAGCUCCAGCAACAGCAGCAGCAGCAGGGGCUGCAGUCCGGCAUGCACAACACGGCAGGCACCUUCUUCAUGCCCGUCGUGCACAACCACCCACAGCAGCAGGCGCAAUCGCAGCCGCAGCCGCAGCAGCAGUCGCAGCAGCAGCAGCAGGCCAACGCCGGCAUGAUCCCGCGCCGCAACACGUACGCGCCGGGCGUCAUGGCGUCUGGCGCCGGCAUGGAGCUGUACCAUCCGCCGACGGACGAGGAGAUCGACGCCAUCCUGCAGACGUACGGCCGGCCGGGCGCCCAGCGCGACGUCAACGGGUCACAGGCGGGCGCGUCGGGCGGGCAUUUGGAUCCCGCUGCCGCGGCCGCGGCUGCCGCAGCGUACGGGCAUCUGGGCUACGACGGUGAGCGCUCGCAGGGUGGUGCAGGGCCGGUGGACAUGCGGCUGCAGCGUCUCGGCGGCAACCGCGGGCCUGGCGGCUACGAGGGCGACUUCAGCAACACGCCGUCGUCGCAGACACCGGGCGGCACGUCGAGCGACGACAGUCCCGGCGGCAAGCGACGCCGCAUGACCUUUACCGCUGGCGCGCACCCGCUGCCGUCUGUGACCGCCGGGCAAGUUCUGCAGCAGCACGAGCAGCAGGGCAGCUCCAUGGCGCCGCAGCACGUGCGGCCCAGCAUGCCGCACUCGGCCACGAACAUGAUCGACGCUGCUGCCGCUGCCGAGUACGGCGGCUGGGCGCCGAACCUCCACCGGAGAACGCUCAGCGGCAGCCUGCACGUGCCGCCGUCGCGCAGCUCCGAGAGCCUCAUGGACGGCUACCAGCCGAUGCACGCGCCGUCGGACAAUAUGUCUGGGCCACAGCGCCCCGGCCACCAGCAGCAGCAGAGCUGGGCCGGGCCGCAGCGGAAUUCCUCGUCGGGCAACAUGCCAGGCUCGUCUGGCGGCCCGCUGCCGCUGGGCCACGCCGCCUCGCAUCCGCCCGGUCUCGGCUCGCAGGUGCUGCGUGGCCCCGACCGCGCGUCGCUGGGCCACAAUGCCGCCAGUGACUUUACGAAGCGCAAGGGCUGGAGCAACCGCAUCGUCGAGGAGCUCCUCGACUUUGUGCACGUGCUCGAUGCGCAGGGCCGCGUGCUCUUCGCCAGCCCGAGCGUGUAUGCGCUCACCGGCUGGAAGCCAGAGGAGCUGACGGGCAAGCCGCUGUUCGAGGUGCGUUGGACUUGGGACCUGUCGCGUCCGGUUUGCUGACGCCCCUGCAGUUCAUUCACUCGGACGACGUCGCCGACGUGCAACGCGGCUUCUCGCGGUCACUCGUCGAGCACUCGGACCUGCUCAUGUACUAUCGCUUCCGGCGCAAGCCGCAGACGGCGGCCGACAAGCGGCAGAAGCGCGCCGACAUUGCCGACGCCAAGGCGGCGGCGCGCUCGCCGUCAGACUCGACGUCUGACUCCGCUGGCGGCGAGACCUCGUCGAACGCCACCAACGGACAGAGCGGCGCGGGUCCGAACGGC